AUGCAGCUCAAGGUCCGACAACGGCGCAGCCUGAUUCGAAAGAUCUUGCGAAUGUUCCACGUGCCUUCUCUACAGUCGAAAUCAUCAAGUAUCAUUACAUUAACCAACAAAAAGCAGGUGUCGGUAGCAUCUGAUUUCAAGAACGACAACUUCAAGUCCCAAGGACACAAUGACAAUAUUUUCACCACUGAAUAUGUGGACAUGUCUCCCAGAUAUAGCUCCGAUACAAGCCCUGUACGAAUUGCACCAUCCCGCAGGGAGCUAGAGGAACGCAUCGUGCAACUUUGGAAAAAAGUAUGGUUUGGAUUAUAUGAAAUAGAGGACAGCGAACAGCGUCUUCAUAUAUCUCGAUUGCAAGCGCUCUAUUUUGGAGCGGGAUUCACUGCCUAUUUAGGCAGACUUGAAAUUUUGCGUCGACAAAGUUAUAGGGGUAUCAGCGCUAAUGAAGGAAUUCUCUCGCUGAAAGUGUUCGACGGUUUAUCUGUUGCGACGCUGGAGUCCGUACUCGAGAUUUUGAGAGCCUACGAAAAUGAAAUCCCAAAUCUGGACCGCCUAUACGCAAUUCUCAGAAGAGGUCAAAGACCAAUCCAUCGAUCUAAAUUACCCGCGCCAACAGAAGGACUACGUCGAGAGUAUCUGGCAGUGGCAGAGCCCAUGGAAAAGAGGAUCAAACAGUAUGAUAUUUGGAUGAAUGUCUUGAAUCAUGAUAUACGGGACGAGGCGAUGAUAAUGAGUGACCUGAACUCUCGACCGAGAGGAGGAUUUGUUUAUUACAUGGCAUUCCCAGGUCGUUAA